UUGAAAUGGGGUCGUUACAGUAUUCUAGUUGUGGUUGAUUCAGACAAUGAUGAAAUAAUCUCGCAAGACACCUCCAGAAAAUCAACCGCAAUUUUCCCGCAUACUACUACAUCGGAGUUGGAUAAUAAUAGACCGAGGGUUGUACGCACCGUUAGAACAGCCUUUGCUGGGACAAUUAUCAGUUUGUCUCAGCCGGAUAUCACGCAGAAACUAAUCGGGUGCAUAAAUGACCUGAAAAAAAUCGCUGCUUGGAGGAAGCGUAUUCGACGAUUUAGCGAGAGGUCAAGGCGUUUCAACCAGAAUCGUCUCCUCCAGAGUGAUCAGAAGAGGCUCUAUAAAUCAUUAGAGCGACCAAUGGUAAGUGGAACGGGCCCAGUACCGGAUCACGCCGACACUGUCGCAUUUUGGCGAGGCCUGUGGUCAGAGCCCGUAAACCACAGCGAAAGACGUUGGAUAGAAAUUGUGGCGAGCAAGAGUGCGAGUAUUACGCCUAUGGACCCAGUCACCAUAACGCCGGAAGAUGUGGCUGAGUCGGUCCGUAGGGCCCCGAACUGGAAAAGUCUGGGGCUCUACGGUCUGCAUCAUUACUAG